CUCAACAUUCAAUUUCUGGUAUGGCAGGCGGCUUCCUCCCGUAUCACGAACCUGGCAUUGUCCAAAUCCUUAUCCUAGUCUCCUUCUUUUACUUCCUUUCUCUCGCCGAAUGGCUUUCGGAAAAAGUAAUUCGCGCUGGCAUCAUCGGUCAGAUAGCCGUCGGCAUCAUCUACGGGGUGCCCUUGGCCAACAUUCUUAUUUUGCAUUGGCAGGAGACCUUUCUUGCUCUGGGUUAUAUUGGCCUGAUUCUCAUCAUAUUUGAGGGUGGUCUUAGCGCCCGGAUUGAUCUCCUCAAGCAGAAUCUACUGCUCAGCAGUUUAGGAGCAGCAACAGGCGUUACCUUUCCAAUUGGUCUUUCCUAUCUCCUACUUUACUUGGGAUUCGGCUAUGGGGCUGUUGAGACGUUCAUCAUUGGAGCUGCACUAUCGGCAACUUCUUUGGGCACAACAUUUGCUGUCAUCUCCUCAGCUUCCGCAACCGUGGAUCUGGCCCAAACCAGGGUGGGCUCAGUCCUUGUAAGCGCUGCGGUCAUUGACGAUGUGGUUGGUCUCGUGAUGUCUAGUGUUAUCGGCGACUUGGGCAAGCUUUCAGGCCCAGGAUCCGGCGAUGCCAAUCUUGGCUGGAUCAUAGGACGUCCGAUUGUGGCUUCAAUUGCAAUGGCUAUUCUCACUCCCAUCUUCACCAAAUUCGUCUUUGCGCCUAUCUUUCGGCGUUACAUUGAGCGACCCUUUGCGCGGUACGAUCAUGUUUCGAACAUUCUACUCAUGGUUCUGGUCCUUUGCGCUUUUAUCAGUAUCGCCGCAUAUACUGGAACCUCAAUUUUGUUUGGUGCCUUUCUUGCUGGCACGUUCCUCACCUACCUCCCGAGCAAGUAUCCUGAUGGCCCGUUUGUGGUCACGAGUCGCGAGCAGGGCGAGCGUGAGGCAGAAAAGAGUCCAACAUUUGUGCAUACAUUCGAAGCUUAUCUCCUGGGUGUUCAGAAUUAUCUGAUGGCGCCUUUAUUUUUUGCCAGCAUCGGAUUUGCUAUCCCUUUUGUUAGUCUCUGGACUGGGAAAAGAAUCUGGAGAGGUAUUGUUUACACGCUUCUUAUGGUAUUUGCAAAGUUCAUUGUUGGGGCAUGGGUUCCAUUGUGGUCAGCCCUGUUUCCUCCGAAGACAUUGGAAACACAAGGCUCAUCGAAGGGGGUGAAAGAACCGAGUGGCGAACCAGGCGACCGACAUGAGGAGGUAUCGAAAAGAUCAAACUCUCAGUUGACCUGGCUAUCUGGAUUGCUUUUGGGAUGUGCAAUGGUCGCACGUGGCGAGAUUGGCCUCUUGAUCAUCGAAAUAGGAUACAACGAGACGCCAUAUGUAAGCGAGAAUGGUUUCAUCACUGGGGUAUGGGCUAUUCUCCUUAACACUAUCAUCGGUCCAGUUUGUGUCGGUAUUUUGGUGAAGUAUUAUGGAAAGGAGAUAGGGAAUGGGGCGUGGGGAAUAGCAAAGUCGGGGGAUAUCGGGCCAGAGGAUGGAAAAGAGGAAGUCUAGAGGGAUGAGCGACUGUUCAUUGGCUAUGAGAAUCAAGCCACGAAUUGAGUACCAAAGCAUACAUCGACUUUGUAACAUAAGCCGUUG